AUGUCCAUCCAGAUGGAAACACAAGACUACAACUGCAUGUUCUUGGGAAUGACACCAACUCAAAUUGUGUGCAAUGAAACCAGUGAACGCCUUUGUACUUCAUCUGAUUGUAUCCGAGCUGCAUCUUAUUUGUUAGAAAGUAUGGACUUUCGAAUCGACCCAUGCGAGGAUUUCUAUGAGUUCACUUGUGGCAACUGGGCUAAAUAUCACACCCGAUUAGAUUCAGUUACCCGAUGGAGUUGGUACGAUAUAAUAACAAAACGAGUUGAGCAUGCGAUUAGAGCUUUUCUCAAAUCAAAACCGGCCGCAUAUGAGUCAAAAGUCAUUGGUCAUUGUCGUACUAUGUACGAGUCUUGUAUGAAAUUGAACACGAGUGAUGAUCAAAUGGAAUCUGGAAGAAGGCGAGCCAAAGAAUUGCUUAAAGAAUAUUGCUUCCCUUACAUUCACAAAGAGGAUCGUAAUUGCACAUUCGAUUGGAAAGCAACCUUGGAAAAAGUAUAUACAUUCCUCGGGCAACUCACAUUCCGUUCAGUCAACAUCUAUUCACCUGGUAUUCAGAAGAAAGUACAGCACUAUAUCGACUUUUUACAACCAUACGAAACGAUCGCAAUUGAUAAUCCGAACGGCUUACAAUCGUUCAUCUGGUGGAUGGUUAUCGAUAAUUUAAUCGGAUCAAUUCGUUUCAAUUACAAUAUCUAUUACCGCAAUAUCUCUAUCAAUCAAUCGAAUCAAUGUGCACAACUUGUAAACGAUCGUAUGGGAAUGUUUCUUGGCGAGGUGAUUGCAAUGCCAAUCUUUCUCAACGAAACGAAACCAAAGCUGUUGAACAGUUUCGAAGAAAUUCGUUCAGCAUUCAAUGAGUUGGUGGAAAAUAGCGAUUGGAUGGACCAACCGACAAAAAGAGCUGUCAUUGAAAAGUCUCAGGCCAUGAAAGUGAAUAUUGGAUUUGCAGAGUUUUUACUGAACAAAACCAAAGUCGAUGAAUAUUUGAAGGAUUUUAAUUUUACCAAUAGUUCGUUUUUAGUGAAUGAACACAUGAUCGCAAUGGGACACUUACAGUUUCCAUUCUAUGGUUUGGGUAUAGAAGCACUGAACUAUGGGGUCGCCAUUUCAACUCUUGGUCAUGAAUUUGUACAUGGAUUCGGAAAGGUAAAAGAUGGAUGGACAAAUCAAACGGAAAACGAGUAUAGAAAUCGAGCCAAUUGCUUUCUUGAACAGUACAAAAACUUUGACAUAUCGGAAAUUGACCAGGCUAUCAAUGGCACAGUAAAUGGCACACGGACAUUGGACGAGAAUAUAGCUGAUACCGUUGGAUUAUUAUUAGCUUACAAGGCGUACAAAAUAUUCAUAAAAAAACAUGGUGAAGAAGAAAUAUUGCCGGCUUUUCAAACAUUUACACCAGAGCAAUUAUUUUUCAUUGGAUAUGGGAAUAGCUAUUGUGCAUCGGCAACUCCGGAAGAAUUGAUGAGAUCAAAUGCGAAUGAUGAACACUCUCUAGAGAAAUUUCGAGUGAAUGGUGUUGUGUCAAAUUUAGAAGAGUUCAGAGCGACUUUUAAAUGUAAGGCCAACUCAAAAAUGGUGUCGAAAAAUCCGUGUCGCAUCUGGUGAUUGUAGAAUUUUCGUAUCAAAUUUCAUGUACUGAUCGUUCCCUGUAAGAAAAAUGUAAUCGUUUUCUUAUAAAUAUUGCAUUC